AUGGAAGGAUCCAGCGGGUCGAGCUUUGGGAUAGACACUAUUUUAUCCAGCGCCUCUAACUCUGGUAACCCCGUGCUAAUGAACGGAGAUUUUCGGCUCGGCGACAGCAGGACAGCGGAUUUCAGGAGCCAGGCAACCCCUUCACCAUGCUCGGAGAUAGACACUGUGGGAACAGCCCCCUCAUCCCCCAUCUCGGUCACCAUGGAGCACGCCGCCGAUCCGCAUCUGGUCCAGGACAGCCUUCAGCAUCACCACCAUCACCACAACCAGCCGCAGAGUUUGCCGCUGUCGCCUCAGCAGCAGCCGCUCGCCGGGGCCGGCUGCGCCCCGAGGACUGCCACCUCCUCCUUUUUAAUCAAAGACAUUUUGGGCGACAGUAAACCGCUGGCAGCCUGCGCACCUUACAGCACCAGUGUAUCCUCACCCCAUCACACGCCAAAACCAGAAAGUGCCACGGCUCCGGACGGCUUCAGGCCCAAGUUGGAACAAGACGAGAGCAGAAGCAAGUUGGACAAAAGGGACGACAUUCAAAGUGAAAUGAAAUGCAACGGGACUAAAGAAGAGGGUGACCGGGAAAUCUCCAGUAGCAGAGACAGUCCACCGGUGCGCACGAAAAAACCUCGCAAAGCACGGACAGCCUUUACCGACCACCAGCUGAACCAGCUGGAGAGGAGCUUUGAGCGACAAAAAUACCUCAGCGUGCAGGACCGCAUGGACCUGGCCGCGGCUCUCAACCUGACAGACACACAAGUCAAGACCUGGUACCAAAACAGACGGACGAAGUGGAAGAGGCAAACGGCGGUCGGAUUAGAGCUCCUGGCUGAAGCAGGAAACUACUCGGCCUUACAGAGAAUGUUCCCGUCGCCCUAUUUCUACCACCCGAGCCUGCUGGGCACCGUGGACAGCACGACGGCAGCCGCGGCGGCCGCGGCCAUGUACAGCAGUAUGUACCGGACUCCUUCCACGCCGCAUCCCAGCCUCCAGAGACCUCUUGUCCCGAGGGUGCUCAUUCAUGGCCUUGGGCCGGGGGGGCAACCGGCACUAAACCCCCUGUCUAACCCCAUGCCCGGCACACCGCACCCGCGAUAA